AUGGCUGUUCUAACUGCCGCUGAGACCGUAGAGGCCAUCGCCAUCAAGGUGCAAGACAUUGAUGCUCAGGCAGUAUCAAUUAACGCUGCCCUCAACAAGAUCACAACCACUAUCGCGGGUGUCUGGGAUCUGGAAACGAACAAGAAGGAUGAAGUUGAUACCAGCAGAGCAGUCUUCAUCCCUCACAAGAAUCCAGGCUCGGAGUCCGUCGUGGAGGGCGAUGACCGCAAACUCGUAGACCCCCUGCAUUUUGCCCCUGGUGGUAAAUACCGAUCAAUUCUCAAGCUCUUCAUCAAAUACGAAAACCUAGGCGACAACAAGUUCGCCCACGGAACCGGCUGGCUGAUCCGCCCCGACGUGAUGAUCACCGCCGGUCACAAUGUCUUCACAUGGCGAGCCAACGGCGGAAGAGCCCGCGAGAUAAUCGCCUACGCCGGAUACAACGGCUCUUCCAGCAUCAAUGACGCCACCGUCGAAAUUCGCAAAGCAAAGCGAGUUGUUACGACCUCGCAGUGGUUGUCCAAUCGUGGCUCCAUGGCCCACGACUUCGCGAUGGUUAUGUUCGACGAGCCCUUCACUAACGUCACACCGUUCCCCUACAUCGAGACCCCGGCGAAAGAUAAGCUAGAGCUCGGCGUUGUCGGCUAUCCCGCCGACAAGAUUGACGAGAGAAACGGCGAGAGGGGAGGCAGGAUGUACGAGCUGUUCGAGACCACGGAGUUCAAUCUCAUGGAACAGAAGGAUACCAUGCUUCAGCACUUCAUCGACUCCGAAGGAGGAAACUCCGGUGGCCCGGUACUAAGAGGCUCUGAUCUCUGCGCUAUCGCUACACACGUUUACGGUGGCGACGCCAACACCGCAUCGGUUCUCGGCCGCUAUGGAAACCCUGUACAGGACUACAUCGCGGCCUUCGAUCUCCCCCUAGCGAACCCCGGACAGAUCAACCUAGUCCCAGUCAACAGCGACGUCAUCUCGCAAGCCGACGCCGCCACCGGACACCAAGUGGGUGAGAUCGCUAAGCUCGGCGACAACGUCGUGACCCCUGUGAGCGAGAAGACUGGCAAGACCGAGUUUUGGAUCUUCGAGGGUGUCGACGAGAUCUUCCGCCUAACGAAGGACAUCGCGGAGACCCUUGGCCCCGUCAUCGCCGGACCCAUCGGCGCCGCGAUUCUGCCUACUAUCGUGCAAGGAAUCAAACUCGCGCAGCCUGAAGGCCACUUCGACAUGGACGCCGCUCUCCGCCGCGCCCUGCUAGCCAACAGCACCUUCCUAGUCGCCCAACAACGCAACGCCAAGGAAGAAGGCUUCUUCGACGGCCUCCUCGAUACCAUCAGCGGGCCGAUCCUAAAGCAAAUCCCCGUCCUCGGUCCCAUCGCAAGUCCUGUGGUCCGGGUCCAGUUCUCGGAUAUCAUGACCGCGAUCGGCCUGGUCGGCGACGCAGCCGACAGGCUCGUCAACGACGUCGCAAGCGAAAUAACCCGGGGCCUCGUCACGCGCGCGCAGAUCCCGAUUCUGGAUCUGAUGAACAUCGUUUCUAAGGCAGAGAGCGCUAUGGAUGUCGAUUCCGCGGCACCUACAAACGGCAACGCGAGCGAGAACGAGGCUGCGUUUAUCCAGCAGCUCGCCCAGACUAUUUCCGCCAAGAGCAGCGGAGCUCAAGAGGAAGGCUGGCUCGACGACGUCGGCGGGUUCUUCCAGGGUGCGGCGCGAUCUGUCGGGGAUGUAGUAUCGGAUGGCGCGAAGCUAGUCGGCAAGGCCACGCUCGACGGUGUAGGAUUCGCCGUCGAUACCGUGAACGACGGGAUUAACACCGUGUCCAAGGUUCCUGUUGUCGGUGACGUAUUCGGCAACAUGAUCCGAGACGAUCCUGCUUACAUGAUACUGACAAUGCUCGGCACGGCAGCUAAGGAGGCGCGAAUCGAGAGCGCCAUCGACGGUGAAGUCGCUAACAGGGAGAGUAAGCCCGAGGGCCUAUUCGACGAUCUGACUCGGGAGAUCGGAAAGGUGGCGCAGGCGUUAGUCUUGCACCAGGUGCUUGCGGACCGGUUCCUGACGGUGCAGAUGGCGAGACCGGUGACGCAGCUUAAGGAGGAGGGAUUCUUCGACGAUGUGGGUGAUUUCUUCAAGGAUGGUAAGAACAUCAUGGCCAUUGGUGGCGGGAUUAACGCUGCUGCGGCGGUCACACCUUUCGUGCCUGUUGUAGGCCCCAUGGUUGGGCUUGGGCUCUUGGGCGUUGGCACUGGUGUGGCUUUUGUUGGCGCCGCCAUGGAGGGGUAAUCUGGUGGCUUUUUUCUCGGUGAGCUAUGCUGGCAUGGCGGCGGCUUUGGGAUUGGGUUUGUAAUGGGAGUUGUUAUUUAUUAUGAGCGAUUUUG